AUGGAUCAGGCGGCAUUUGACGCGUUGAUGCAGCAAGUGGCGGAGAUGUCGGCAGGCAUGAAGGCGUUAACGACAGAAGUGGAGAGACUACGUGAAGAAAACAACGAGCUACGCCAGGCGCGAGGUGAAGCGCGCCAGGAGUCGCCCGCUGAAGAAGGCGAGAGCACUGGUCAAGCGGUGAGCGGCAAUCCGUUGGAGGAGCUCACACGCGGCUUCGAAGAAGAAGAUAGGCAGCGAGCGGCGGCAGCGACAACAGUUGCAGUGACAACAAUCAAGAUAAAGCCUACGAGCCCGCCCCCGUACAACCCUACAGACAAGAACACUACUGUUAAGGGGUGGUUGUUCGGCGUGGAGGUGUUCUUCACUGCAGCGAAUGUCAACGACGACGCCACGCGUAUUAAUUACGCGGUAUCGCUUCUGCGAGGCCCGGCGCUUGAGUGGUGGCGACGAACCUUGGACACGGGGACCCCGACAGGUGUGACACAUGCGGCAGACGGGACUUCCGACUCUGCUAAUGGGAGGGCAUCAUCAAUAUUCGCUGCGUACCUGGUCACAGUUGGCUUCUGUUCAGGCUACACGGCGUCGUUUAUGGCGCUCGCGGACCAAGUGGACGACAUGGCGGAGGCGGAGCGGUUGGAUAAAUACAUCAGCGGCCUCAAGUACGAGAUACAGUUCGAGCUGGACAGGUGUCUGCCCGAAAUUGACGCCCGCCUCGUGGAUGGGACGCCUCUGGCGAUUUUGGAAGAAACACGGACGGUGCGGAUUGAGUGCGGCGACGAUUUCGGCUUCAGCAUGAAGUUUCUCGCGACGACGUUGGACGGAUGCGACGUGCUCCUGGGGCGCGAUUGGCUGCGACGGCACAACCCGAUAAUCGAUUGGACGACGGGAUCGUGCAGCAUCAGCAAGGACGGAAAGCUGAUUACUCUACCCUCGUGGACUCCGGACUGCAUCGAGUCUACAUGCGUCAAAGCCAUCACUAUUACACGCCACGUCAACAGGGGUGCGCAACUGUUCGCCGUAUGCUUGCGCGAGUUGGCAGCCGACACCGACGGAAACGACAUCGAGAAGCUGUGCGCAGCUGUACCACCUGAUUUAGCGGAGCUGAUUCGACAGUACCCCGACAUCUUCCCCGACGACCUGCCACCUGGACUACCACCCGAACGCCCCGAGGACCACAAAAUCCAGCUGGAGCCCGGCGCGCAACCGACUGUUCGUACACAGUGGCGGUUGACUCAGCCCGAACUUGCGGAGCUUCGAAGUCAACUUGAGUCACUGUUGGAGAAGGGCUUCAUCCGACCCAGUACUUCGCCCUUCGCCGCACCGAUCCUGUUCACACCGAAGAAGGACGGCGGCAUUCGCAUGUGCAUCGACUAUCGCGCGCUCAACCGGGUUACCAUCAAGUCUCGCUAUCCCAUCCCACGCACCGACGACCUCCUCGACCAACUUCGCGGCGCUCGCUACUUCUCGAAGAUUGACCUACGCGGCGGUUACCACCAGAUCAGGGUCUUCGCUGACGACUGUCACAAGACCGCCUUCCGAACCCGCUACGGCAGUUACGAGUUCACUGUGAUGCCUUUCGGCCUCACGAACGCGCCAUCAACAUUCCAACGCACCAUGAACAGGGUAUUUCGCGAUCUGUUGGACAAGUGUGUUAUCGUCUACUUGGACGAUAUUCUGAUUUUUAGCAGGACACGCGAGCAGCACCUCCGCGACCUCGACGCAGUGUUUAAGCGGCUACAGGACAACCGGCUCAUCACCAAGGGUUCUAAGUGCGAGUUCUUUAAGCAAGAGUUGGAGUUUUUGGGGCACGUCAUCUCACGCGACGGCAUCAAAAUCGACCCGAAGAAAAUCAAGACCAUCCAGGAGUGGAAGGCCCCGACUAAUGUCACGGAACUUCAGAGUUUUCUGGGGUUUGUGAAUUAUGUCCGGCGGUUUAUCCCGAAUAUGGCGGGGAUAACCGGCCCGCUGACCGACUUGCUGCACAAGGACAGGAACUUCGUGUGGGGGGAGGAAGCUGAGGCGGCUUUUCAGGGGUUGAAGCAGUUGCUGGUGUCCCCUCCGGUUCUUCGCAUCGCCGACCCAUCCAAGCCGUUCGAAGUCGUCACCGACGCUUCAGAUUUCGCCAUCGGCGCAGUGCUGCUCCAGGAUUUUGGCAACGGCUUACAACCGAUCGCCUACGAGUCACGCAAGUUGCAGGCAGCCGAGCGCAACUACCCGAUUCACGACAAGGAGAUGCUCGCCAUCAUUCACGCGUUUAAACUGUGGCGAUGCUACCUGACUGGAGCCGACUGUCAGAAGAACUGA